CCAGGAGCCCACCCUGGAUUCUGAAGGUAGCCAACCAAAGCCUAGAACUACGCGCAGGGUCCUGAAGGACAUCUUCGCCAGCCAAUCAUCUUCCAGACCUAGAAAACAGCGGCCCGAAGUUGCUGUUCAAGGGCCAAUCAGCGGGAAGCCGUGAAAAAUUCUAUUUCCCUAGCCAAUCAGCUCCCCGGCAGCGUCUCCGUCACCUCCGCCGCCGAGAAGAUGGCCCAGAGGCUCGUGCUGAGGAGGUUUCUAUCCAUCUCCCCCCAAAAGCUCUCUGUGCCACUUGUGUCGAUCCUCUCCAAGGUGUCAGCAGCACCAUGCUACCCUAGAUCACUUGUCCCUCUUACCCAGAUCACUGUACCUGCUUCCAUUAGGACGUUUUCUACCACACCUGUCUGCAGGGCCACCUUUAACAUCCAGGAUGGGUCUGACUUCCAGGACAGAGUUGUGAACAGCCAAAAGCCGGUGGUGGUAGAUUUUCAUGCACAGUGGUGCGGCCCCUGCAAGAUCUUGGGCCCCAGGUUAGAGAAGAUGGUGGCCAAGCAGCAGGGGAAGGUACUGAUGGCGAAAGUGGACAUUGAUGAUCACACAGACCUGGCCAUUGAAUAUGAGGUCUCAGCUGUGCCGACUGUGCUGGCUAUGAAGAACGGAGAUGUUGUGGAUAAGUUUGUGGGGAUAAAGGAUGAGGAUCAGCUGGAGGCCUUCCUUAAGAAACUCAUUGGAGCCUGAACAAGAGAAACCUGCACCCAGGCCUCUGGAUUUGGUCAUGUUGCAUGCUCUCUUGCCAGGAGAGGCAUGAAGCAAAACUGAACUGCCUUGUAGAACCUGUGCCCUUUUUUGUGUGUGGGUGUGGCCCACCUUCUUCUCUUGGGCAGCAGUAGUCCUGAGCAAUUCUGAGGGUGGGAGAAGCUGGAAUUGGGCUUCCAUCUGUCUGCAAAGAACUGGCAGUGGGGAAAGCAGGAUGACUGCUGAAUUAGAGGUGUGUUUAUCAGUGUCUGUCCUAUCCAGUCCCAGAGCAAUGGGUGGUUACUCUCUGCAGGAUGUGGACACAUAUUUGCUCUGAGUGGGUUUGUUAAAAUCGGGGAUUGCUCUGCUUCAUCCAUGAUACCUGCAUCCUUGUCCUCCUGUUGCUGGGACAAGUCUGAAUCCUCUGUGGCUCCUUGAGCCUAUGCCACACUCUCCCCUGCUGCUGAUUUAUGAAGAGAAACAUUUUUUUGUUUUUUGGGGGGGUGGGGAGGGGGGGUUGUAGGUCUGUAAUAAAGAUAACUUUAUUAAUCA